AAUUAAGCGUUUCAUCAAUUCAAUGGAGAAAAACAAUGACGAACUACGACGAUCCUCCUCCCAUUCAUGGUGGUCGGAUAGCUCUCAAUGGUUUUACAACACUCUAUCAGAGUUGGAUAAAAUGAUAAGGAUGAUUUUGGACGUAAUUGAAGACGACGAUGGAGCCACAUUUGCGAAGAGAGCCGAGAUGUACUACGGAAAGAGACCACAACUCAUUAAAAUGGUUGAAGAGCUUCAAAGAUUAUACCGAGCUUUGGCCAUUAAGUAUGAUGAGCUAAUGUUCAAAUCCCAAGCAUCACAUGAAGAGAAUAAAUUGUUGGAUUCUUCACAAAACCUGUUGCAUUAUCCAAGUACUAAUCCUGCUUCUGAAUCUAAAAAUUCCAUCUUUGAGUUCGGGUCGUCCUCAAGUAACUUAUCACCGAAUUCAAGCAAGAACCCAUCUAAUUUUAAGGGAUCAGAUCAUGUUCAUUCAAUAAGCGACAAGAACAACACUAGUGACGGAUUCCCAGAGGUGAAAAUUUCCACUCAACGUUUACGUUACUUCAAACUUCUCGAGGAGACUUUGUCCGAAUGGAUAAUAAGAAAUGAUGAGAACAGGACAGUAAUCAACAAGUUACACAAGGAGAACUGGAUUCUCAGAAAUUCGAAGUCGACGCUCAGAAUGAAGCUGAAAGCAAAACUGAAGGGAUGCUUCUGCUUCCGAUGAGUUAGUUUCAUCAUCCCUGUAAUUGUUUUCUCAUAUGCUUUAACAUUUAAAAGCUCUGUUGCUUUCUUCAGUCUCCGACCGCAGUGUAAUAAUGUAACUGACAUUUUUU